UCAGCUUUUUUUUUACUUUAUUUUUUUAUAUAUAUUUUGAAAAAAAAAAAAAAAAAAUUCACUCAUAUUCUCACAUUACGAAUUCAAUCUACUUCACACUCUACUCAGCAUCAAAACGAUGGCCGAGGAAAAAAAGACCUACAGGGGCAACUGCCGCUGUGCUGCUUUCAUCUUCGAGGUGACGAUCCCAGAGAUUAAGGAGGUCGAGAUUUGCAAAUGCAGCAUCUGCUACAAGAAGAACUAUGCCUUCCUCUUUGUCGACAAGAAAGAUUUUCGUGUCAUCAAAGGUAGCAUGGACGACUUUACGACCUACACCUUUGGUGAUGGCAUUAUGAAGCACAUGUUUUGCCCAAAGUGUUCGAUCAUGACGGCCUGCACCCAUGAUAAAUUCCCCGAUCAAUAUGUCGUCAAUGCUAGAUCACUUCAAGGACCGGUUGAUAUCUGGAACAUGCCCAAGAAAGUUGACCCGGGCAAGGAACACAAGCCUGACUAUAUCCCACCUGACGACUCGGACCUGCCAGAGCCCAAGGCGGAGAUAGAAGGCGAAAGCAAAACCUACCAUGGCAGCUGUCACUGUGGCGACAUUCGGGUCAAGCUCAAGAUGGGGCCGGUCGAGAAGUACAAAGGCAUGAUCGGCGAGUGCAACUGCUCCUUGUGUCACCGCAGUGGCGUCACUUGGAUCUAUUCGAUGCGGCCGCAGCUCACCAUCAGCCCGGAGUGGUCCAGCGACAAGUUCUCGAUGUACGGAGAGGCCGGAGCGAAGCUUGGAGAACAGUACUUUUGCAAGCGCUGCGGCGUCUACGUGGCCAACAGGGUCAGGGCCGUCGAGUCGGACGAGGAGUUUGCCAAGCUGUCUGAGGAGAUACAGGCAUUCCUGGCGGAUAAGAGGCAGUGGCAGCCGCUCAACCUCAGGAUUUUUGAUGGCAUUGAUGUUGAUAGCGAUCAGGUCGAUGUUAAGAGGAUAGAUGGGUACAACUUGAUCAAGCCGGCAUAUGUCAACCCUUGAUAAAAGGGUUGGAGAUUACCGCUUUUACAUGGGGAACCAAGUAACAGAGGGCUUAGUUGCUUUGGGGUGAUGGUGAUUAAUUAGCAUCACUUAAGCCUUUUUCAACGUGACCAAGCUCUGAGAAAACGCGGAAUGUUUUGAUCUAAUUUUAUCUAUUUAAUAACAUAACCCGUCUCUCCUCCCCUGAUUAUGGGCUCGAGCUUUUGGUACCGUACCCUCACAGCUUCCUCUCGCUCUCCCAUCUGCGUCCAGCUCUUAUUGCUCCUCCAACUCAUCCCUCCAUGGGAUAGAAUCCUGUGCACCCUUCCUCUCCACCGUCUUGGCAGCAGCCUUGUUGGCCGUCCUGACGGCAGCCUCGGCAUCGAAUUCGACGCCCGCCUUGGACGCAGCGACGGCAGCCAACGCAUACAUGCCAACAAACGUAUCCCCCGCCGCGGUGGUAUCCACGACGGUGGCCUUGAGCGCCGGCACCAGCGCCGCCUUGCCCGUCCGCCCUUGGAGGAAGUAAACGCC